CAACGUGCGGCUUCAUGGAAGUUGGGGAUAUCAAGUUUCUUUUCCAGGGAACACUUGAGAGUAAGGUGCCUUUGAUUCCCUCACCAUAGCACUUGCUCUUAUUAAGCCAUUCACUUCUCAUCUCUGAUACCUAUUGCCAGCGCUCUUGCUUUUUAUUUCAUCUAUUUGGUUUAAUUAAUGCCUUCGACGACUGUUCACUUCUCAAGAUCUUUCAUAUUACUGUCCUGAACGACUGCACUGAAGGCUUUGCCAAAUCAACAUCAGGAUUUAGAUUCAGUGCCAUCACGUCGUUUAAGAUUUAUAUAAAUUAGAGCCCUAAUUCAUCGGAGUUUAGACGCCCGGCGCUCUCAUUAAUACAUCAGAAAGGAAACAUAUUCUAGUAACCACUAGAUUCCAGAACAUCUCAUAUUUCUCUACUGCUUAUAAUGCCCCAAAGAUUUUCUGGUUUGAAAGGCCAGGGUUUUAGGUCUGAGAUGCAUGCACACCAGUACACGUCAGGUCGUUCGCGAUGUGAUUCAGAGGAUACAUACAUCAACUAUCAGGCACAGCUCCUGCUCAAAAAGUUUAUGGGAAAUUCAUCUCAGGAAUCUCAAAGGUCUGAUGCAGAAGGCUGUAAUCUAGAUGCUGUCAUCAAUUCACAUGGGCCACUAAGAAGAUCACUUUCACAACAUCAGAGAGAAUCUCCGCAGUCUGCUAGAUCAUCUUCAUUUGAGAUACCAGAGGAGCCCUCUCAUAGGGUAGCUGUCAUUUUGCCCACUAGCAGGAACAGGUCAAUGUGUUCCACGGAAAGUCCAAACCGGCAGGCAUUGGUAGCUCCACAUGCUAAACGAAACCUGUCGUCUUCACAUUCUUCAAAGUCUAAACCACCAACAGGAGAGAUGUCAAGAACUCCAACAACACGACGCUCCGGCCGGUCAAGAACAGGGCCAACGAAUUAUUACAAGAAGUUAGAUAUCGGUGACCCUGAUUCGGACGGAGAAAACUGUGAUAAUAGCAUGGGAUACUCUACCGAAAGCGCAACAAAAUUUCGCCAAGAUCAUGUUAAAGAAUCAUCGCCCCGUCCAAGACCACAGGCUGCUCGGAGUGUCAAUGCGAAUGGAAACACCUUACCCUGCAGAGAAUUACAAAAAUCUAGCACACUUAACAGGCUCCUCCAGGGUCGUGAAUUAGGGCUAGAUGUGGGUCGAAAGCUACGUGCCUCUUUAACACAGGACUUCAAUAUAUCAAAAUCUUGGAAGGGCGCAUCAAAUGAUGUGAUCGUUAUGGCUUGGUCACCUGAUGGUACCAAAUUUGCAGCAGGGGCUACUGCCCAGUGUGAUGAGCAUAAUAUGCUAUACAACCGAGGCAACAAUCUAUUGCUUGGUAACUUAACAAACAAUUCACUAAGGGAGCUUCCUGAUCAUUCCAUCGCUCGGCCCACUCCAACUGUUGCAUCCCAUCAAAAUAUCACUGAUCCUCGCUUAUUUAUGAGUGUUACUGCUAUGCAAUGGUUCGAUAAUACACUCUUUACUGCAAGCUACGAUAAAACAGUCAAGUUGUGGGAUAUUUCUAAACCUCGUGGCAAUAGUGCAUUUUGCUUCAAGACUCUGGAGCAUACGUCCAAGGUGCAGGUUAUGGCUCGCUCAAACUUUGACCAAAAUAUUUUGGCCACUGGCACCAACACCAUCGGGUUAUGGGACAUUAAGAUGUCGGAGUACUGCCCUCUUGAACUACCAAAAAGGCAUCGACAUGGUAAAGGCAUUGAGUUUGUGCCAACUUCAUUAGCAUGGGGGACUGUUACAGCGACAAAGGAUUUGUUGGUAGCAGGAAUGUCGGAUAAGGAAGAUGGUGUGCCGCAAAAUGGUCUUCUUGCACUGUGGAAGGUCAAUGAAUCAUCAGUGACUCCUGAACCACUGACACCAAAUUCCCAAAAUAUAUUUGAUAUCCAAUGGCAUCCGUCGUUGCCAGUUUUUGCAACAGCAAGCUCUACAGUCCACAGUCGAUCUACAGGUGCCAGGUCUGUUGUCCGUCUCUAUGACCCGCUUGGAUCUAAAAUGAGUUUCAUCGAAUAUGAUUGUCCUGCACUGGACAUCAACGAUAUAACAUUCUGUCCAACAAACUCGAACUAUGUGACUGCUAGCUGUACUGAUGGCAUCACAUAUGUUUGGGAUUAUCGCAAACCUGAUACUAUUCUUCACAAACUUGAACACGACACCCCUCUUAACCAGAUAGAUGAGAACCUUCCCAGAGAACAAGCGGAUGUCGGCGUAAGGAUGGCUCUCUGGGGCGAUGGUGUUGAUCAGUUUUAUAGUGGCGCCUCAGAUGGGGUUGUGAAGAGAUGGAAUGUCCUCCGAUCCCCUGAAGAUGUACAUGUUAAAGACAUGAUAAGCUUUCAGGAAGAAAUCAUGUGUGGCUCCUUUUCUCAAGACAAGUCUAACCUCCUUAUUGGGGAUGCCGCUGGAGGAGUCCAUGUGUUAUCCUCAGAUCCAUGGACUAACACUGAAGACUGGAACAUGAAUUUCGAGCGUGCAAAUGAGUCAUGCCAUGAGGUUGAAUCAGACUCUGAGUCUGGUGUCAAAACAGCAAAUAGAUUACUGUCAUCCGGACAACUCACACGGCACCCUGUUUUUGGGGUUGGUAAAGGACCUCAUUACAGGGGUCCCUUUGCUGCCUGGGCUCGCCCUAAAGAUACUCCUUCAGAUAAACUAGCGGAGACUGAUAUGAAGAGGGAAUAUCAGAUACGCCAACUUGAUAUUCAUGAGAAAGAUCGAGCAGAGCUGGACAUGCCAUCUCGGAGAGAUAUAGAGGCACAGGUUCGGCUCGCCCGAAGUCGCAACCAGCAACAAAAAGUUAGAAAAAGGAAAAGAGGGGAAACUGUGAUUUCUUGCACAAUAGCUUCCCCAAGUGGCAAUGUCAUCGAUCUCUGCAGUGAUGACGAGGAUAGUCCCAUGUCGUCACUUUUGACAGAUCAUGUCAAGCGACGGUUUGCAAAAGCACAGGCCUCGAGGCCAAUCAUUACCUGUGUAGAACCUGAGGUCAUAGACUUGACAUUGGACACUGAUACAGAGCAUGAUGCCGUUUCAUCAAGCAAGGCAGACACAGCAGGCACUUCCGACCCUGUUCAAUCAAACCCAAUCAAUUUAUCUGACGUUAAAACACUACUGGAUGAUGAUUUUUGGUGGCCAGAAAGCGGCAAUAUUGAUCCAAAUUUGGACAAUGCUGAUUGAUGUCUAAACUCUAACCUCGGCUUUGCUGAAUGCUGCCGCAUGCCGCAGAUGCUACACUGCUGUUGAAAUAUCCCUGGAUGGAUUGAUGAUUAUUGAUCAAUUUUGCAUACAUCUAUGAGCGUCACACGUGAAUUUCGGGCAGUGGAUGUCAGCAGAGCACCGCCUUGUAAGUAGCAAGCAGUCACAGAUUGAUGGGAAAUGGCUAUUAUAAUGGCUUUAAAUUUAAUCUUUUAUCAAUCAACUUUGAAGGAAGAGGUAGCAAUAUAACAAUAUCUUGCACACUGACAAUUGGCUUAGCCAGGUUAGGGUAGUAAUUAGUAUUGUUACUGUAUAAUGCAUGAAUAGCAAAUUCCAUGUAAUAGUACACCAGAUACAAUUUGCAAAAUACAAAAUAUUCUAUCGUGGG